ACCGGUUCUAAAUGGAUGGAAGCACCGGCAGCAUGAACCCUAUACAAUCGUGUUAUCGAUGGCUGGUAUGCGCCAACCGGAUCGAAAGCAAACACAUUGGACAAUAAUAUGGAAAGGUAAAAACAUACGAUAUUCAUCUGAACAUGCGCCAUUCUAAAUACAAUUUAGAAACCUCCACGACCAUAGCAAAAUCAGAGUUGUUCUGUAUCUGCUUUACACUGGUGUGAAUUUUCAUACAUAUAAUAUUUAUCUUAAUUUAUGAUGUCCAGAGUAGAAGAAGUCGAAGAAGUAGAGCAAUUGGAUAGCGGCAUGGGUAGUAGCGACGCACAUUCUCCCGAAGUGAAAUCGCUUCUUCCUGACGAUGAGGAUGACGAAGAGGAUGAAAGCUUGGCAGAACGAUUAUUGGGACUUACGGAAAUGUUUCCGGAAAAAGUGCGAAACGUGGGAUAUAAUAUCGGCUCUUGUUUAUGCAAUUGUAUGAAAGGAUUAUAUGUGUAUUCAUGUUCAGCAGCAUGGGUAUUCUUCAGCUCAUCUGCUAUUUUAUUUGCACCUAUAUUGUUUGAGAUAGAACGAGUACAAAUGGAAGAAGUACAACGGACGCAACAGAAGCAGGUCUUGCUAGGACCUAGUAAAGCCAUGUCAAACGUGAAUGCAUCAAGUCUUCCAAUGGCUCCACCAGUUCAGCAAUAAUAGCAACGAUACCAUUGAUGUUGCAUUCAAAUUACCAUAAGUCGAACAUUCUGUUCACUGUUUAUAUUUAUAUUAGUAUAACUUGAACCUAUUCUAAUAUCUCACUGAUAUCUACACAUCCAUAAGAUUAUCAUAUUAUUCGCUAUAAAAAUCUAAAUGAUACAUAGAAGAAUGAAAGGAAUUAAAGCGAAUUUAAAAAUAAUAUCUACACUAUGUUUAUUUGUUUUUGCUUUUUUCUUUUUAGAAUAUCUGUUUUAUACCAAAAUGAAUUCACUGACAUUUUAUCAUAUCAAAUUUAAGCAUCGUACUAUUUCCUUAUGAAAUAUUAGUAAAACGCUAUUCGAUUACGUGUAGUGCACCGUUGUCUAUAAUCUAUAAAAUCAUUAAAUCCUUUCGUAAUGUUAGCGUCUAUAAGGUAUUGCAUGUUGUAUCAUAAAACGUUGAAUAAACAUAUACUGAAGAAUGUUUUUCAAUAUUGUCAAUUAUUAUAGAAAAUGUUAUAAUGGUGAUUGAAACAAAUUUUUGUUUGUGUUUUCCAAAUAUACUUUUAUGAGUUACGUUUGAAAUUUUUGGGUCUUGCUAACGUUUUUUAUGUUACAUUUGGAAUUUCCGACAUUCAAACACAUUUUUCAAGGUAACCUUAGGAUCUUUCGGCUCCUAAGUACGUUUUUUACGUUUCCGAUUCGGAUUCUUCGCUUCUAAGUGCAUAUUCAAGAGACCCGUUUGAAAUUUUCGAUAACCAAUAGGCUCUAAUUCGCUUUUAAUGAAAAUUUUUUUCAAGAUUUUUUUUAGCGGCACCCUCGGGAUAGUUGCAAUUAAUAAUAAAACAAUUUGUGCAGAACUUGAACGUAAUUGGAUAAGUAGAAAGCGUGCCUCUGGGUCCUUAAACAAAAAUAACUAUUCAAAUGAGCAUAAAAUCCAUUUUAUUUCAUUAUUGUCUAAGUCAUUGAUUAUGUCAAAAAGUACGUUAGAUGAAAGUUGUAGAUCUAGAGAAGGAAAAUCUUUUAUGUUUUAUUACUUUUUUUCGCGCGUCAAACAGUCUCCGGAAAAAUCGCAAAAAUUAUGUUUUUAAUCUUUGAAAUAUAAAUCUUAAUGAUCUUAAUAAUCUUUAUCAAUAAAACCUAGAAAAAUGUCUUUUACAUUCGAUCUUAAAGGAUUAUUCUUUUUUAAUUUCAGAAAUUUCUUGACAAACCAGGAAGCUGCACAAUUGUAAAUUUGUUGUAAUGAAAAUUGGUAAAUAAUGUGUAAUAAGAGGAAAAAAGUUUGAAUGGAAAAUAAAUUGUUCAUUUUUAACUUUA